UUCAACAAGCUAGCAAACCAAUAAAUGAAUGCACAUUAUCUCAAAAACUAAGAAGAAGUAUGGGUAGUUUUUUCCAGAUGUUUAUCAAAAUUCUUUCCACCAUUCUGAUAUUCAACAUACAGUGCUAUGUGUUGAAAUCUAAUGCGCAAAUUGAUCAGAGUAAUAUUUUCGCCUUGUGUUCAGGUAAUAUCACCUCUAGUACAUAUCUGUCCAACCUUAAUCUUGUUCUGUCUUCUUUGGCAAAUUCAUUCAACAAAACCACUGUCCAUAAUGGAUAUUACAACGACACCAUUGGGCGAAAGCCUAAUAUCGCCUAUGGAUCUUAUCAGUGCAGAGGUGAUCUUACAGUAGAAGCAUGUCGAUCUCAUGUUGAUUUAGCCGCUAAAGAAAUAAUACGCCGCUGCCCAAGCUCCGAAGAAGCAGUUAUUACAUUCAAAGAACUAGCUGUUUUAAAAUAUUCCGCUAAAUCAUUCUUCACAAUCAUGCGGGAUAAACCAUCAUUUACUCUCCCGAAUGCAAAUUCGGUCACAAACCCGGAGGAGUUUAAUCCAGGAUUCGACAAAUUGACGAAAAAUCUUUUAGCAGAGGUCGCUUCUAAUGGUGUCUCCUCUUCGUCUUCUUCGACUAACAAAAAGUUGUAUGCUAUUGGAGACAUAGAGAUUACGCCCUCACAGAAAAUACAUGGGCUGGCUCAGUGUUCUUCUGAUAUAUCAGUUAACAAUUGCACUCAAUGUCUUCGUGGAGAAAUAGAUGAUAUUCGAAAACGGUUUAGCGGGCGAGAAGGUGGCAGAGUUAUUUGUUGGAGCUGCUAUUUUAGAUAUGAGACGUUUUCUUUUUAUGAACUCAACGCAACUUCACCACCAUUUUCAUCUCCUGUGAACCCAAAACACUCAAAGAGAAAGUUUCCGCUGAAACUGUUCCUUAUGAUCUUUGUUCCGUUAGUGGUUAUAGUAUUAUCCAUCAUAAUCAUUUUGUAUUUCUGCAUAAUGAAGAGAAAAAAGAAAGUACUGGAAAAGAAGAUUGAAGAUAUCGAUGAGAUUCAAAGUGAUGAGUCUUUGCAAUUCAACUUCAGUACCAUAAGUGCCGCUACACACAACUUCUCAGAUGCUAGUAAACUUGGACGAGGCGGAUUUGGUACUGUAUACAAGGGUACACUCUCAGAUGGACAAGAAAUAGCUGUGAAGAGGUUGUCUGAAAAUUCUGGCCAAGGUGAAGAAGAAUUUAAGAAUGAAGUUGUAUUAUUGGUCAAACUGCAACACAAAAAUCUUGUUAGACUUUUAGGCUUCUGUUUAGAUGGAGAGGAAAAGCUUCUUGUUUACGAGCUUAUGAAGCAUGGAAGCCUCGAUCAGUUUUUAUUCGAUCCUGUUAAACGCACAUAUUUGAAUUGGGAAAGGCGAUACAAGAUUAUAGGAGGCAUUGCUAAAGGACUUCUCUAUCUUCACGAGGACUCUCGACUUAAGAUUAUCCAUCGGGAUCUAAAAGCCAGCAAUGUGUUAUUAGGAGAAGAUAUGGUCCCCAAAAUUUCAGAUUUUGGGAUGGCUAGGAUUUUCUUGGUGAACCAAAAUCAAGCCAGUACAAAACGAAUUUGUGGAACUUUUGGAUACAUGGCUCCAGAGUAUGCAAUGCAUGGUAAAUUCUCCGUGAAAUCGGACGUCUAUAGUUUCGGUGUUUUGAUUCUAGAAAUCCUAAGUGGAAAGAGGAGUAACUCAUUUGGUGGAUUCGAAGGUGCUGAGAAUGUCUUAAGCUAUGCAUGGGGCCUUUGGAAGGAGGAGAGAUCUAUGGAAUUGUUAGAUCCAACACUAAGAGAAUGUUAUUCGGCAAACGAAGUGAUGAGAUGCAUCCAAAUUGGGUUAUUAUGUGUUCAAGAAGAUGUAGCUAAUAGACCCACAAUGGCAUGGAUUAUUCACAUGCUCAAUAACCACUCUGUCACUCUUCCAUCACCUUUAUCACCAUCUGCAUUUUUACUGCGUGGUAAAACUGAACCCGAAAUCCAUUCUGAAGAUGGCGACAACAUAAGCGUGAAUCAGAUGUCCAUGACGGAAUUUUACCCUCGCUGAUCGACAGUAUGGACUGCAUUUGGGAGCUCAACUUGAGUUCAAGUACAGAUGCUAGAUGUAAUUAUCUUCUAUAUUUAGAUUAUUUGCCAAAAGUGUAUCAUGUCUUCAUCCUAGCCUAUCAGCAAGAGUAAUGAUCCAACCGUGAGUCAAAUUUAUAAGAGUGUUGUCAGCAACAGCAUUAUGCAUUUGCAUCCGAUAAACCAAACCGUCCAUACAAGUGCAAAUUGCUUGUUUUGUAAUAAAAACGAAUUGAUAUGACCUGAUAGUUAUACCUUU